AAUGAGCUCUUACUUUGUAAACUCAUUCUGCGGUCGCUAUCCAAAUGGCCCGGACUACCAGUUACAUAAUUAUGGAGAUCAUAGCUCGGUGAGCGAGCAAUACAGGGAUUCUGCAACGAUGCAUUCCAGCAGGUACGGCUACGGCUACAAUGGGAUGGAUCUCAGCAUUAGCCGUCCAGCAUCUAACCACUUUAAUGCCAGUGAACGAUCUCGAAGCUACUCUGCAGCAGCAACAACAGCAGCAGCAGGACCAGAAGCAGGAGCAGACACCAGGUACAACCAACCUGCCACAUCCACUCAGUCUCCUUCACCUGACCCUCUGCCCUGUUCCGCCGUGGUCAGUCCGCCUGCUAGCGAAAACCACCACGGAAUCAAAAACUCCAUAGCAAGCCCAACUACCUCCUCAAAUUCCAGCAACAGCAGCAGCAGUCACAUCAGUAGAGAUGGGGUUGGCACAUCGCCUGGUACUGAGGAUGACACCCCGGCAAGCAGCGACCCUCCAAGUUCACAGAACGGGCAAAGCACAGCACAACAACAGCCUCAAAUUUACCCCUGGAUGCGAAAACUGCACAUAAGUCACGACAGUAUGGGAGGACCAGAAGGUAAAAGAGCCAGGACGGCUUACACCCGAUAUCAGACCCUGGAGCUGGAGAAAGAAUUUCAUUUCAAUAGAUACCUGACCCGGAGACGACGGAUAGAAAUUGCACAUGCUCUUUGCCUCACAGAGAGACAGAUUAAGAUCUGGUUUCAAAACAGAAGGAUGAAAUGGAAAAAAGAUAACAAGUUAAAAAGCAUGAGCAUGGCCGCUGCAGGAGGCGGAUAUCGUCCAUGAUCAAUAGAAGUACUGGGCAGUAUAAGCUGACCAAUUAGCAUAAUGUCAAUACAGUACUGACUUCCAAAACUUCUCUCCCGUGUUACUUCUAUGAAGAAAACCAUUUCCACGUUGCCCUAUCCCAAUCUUUGAAUCGUUAGUCUGUUUUCUGGUCGUACUGUUGCUUGUACAAGUAAUCUGCUUACAGUAUAUUGUCUAGGAGUAACAACAAUGUUGUAGGAGUAGGGUAGCUUUGUGAAUUAUAGUUGUUUAACUUAUUUAUAUUAAUACAAGCGGUGUUACUUGAAGUAACUGUAUAAAAUCGUCCAGUUAAAAUGUAAUAAUGUGUUGCACUCUGCAAAAAAGUGUAUGUAAGUGUUAGUGUUGCUAAAUGUCAAAAUAGCUCCAAGCUUGCAAUAUGUAUUUAAUUUCAGGACAUCGUCCUCUGUAAUUGAUAUCGUAGUGUUAAAUCACCGAGAUGCUACCUAUUCUGUGUUAUUAGUGACCAGUGAAUUUUGUGAAGGAUAUUGCGACUCUGAACUGUAUGUCUAUGCUGUGCCUUUGUAUGACUUUGCACGAACUCCAAUAAGUGGCUCUUAGCGCAGCGUCAGUGUAUGUUUUUGUGACAAAGGAUAAAUAUAUAGCCUAAAAGACUGGCAGUUUAAGAAAUUCGUGAUGAGCUUUUGUAUUUGUUUUUAAAACUGA